AGUUUUAUUAACACAAGGAGGCGCUGUUGGUUUUGCGGAAGAGAUUUUGGCGAACGUGUUUUUAGUGAUGUUUUGAAAAUAAAGCGCUUUGGAAUUCUUUACAGAUAAAACAGGAAUAUCGCAGCUGUCAAGUCUUUGAGAAUUGUUGAAUUAUACAGUGAACGUCGUGUCAAGUGUAGCAAUUCCCAAUGCAGCGAUCUGUUCGUGUGUAAAAAUGUCAGAUCGCGCGAAGCAGACGUUUUAGGCAUUUGUGACAGCCAUCAGUAAAGUGAUGUCGGCGACAGUCCUCCACUUUGGGGACAUCGUUUCUCUGUAUGCAGAGGGUGGUGUCAGCGGGUUUAUAUCGACUUUAGGACUGGUUGAUGACAGAUGUGUGGUGCAGCCAGAAGCUGGUGACCUCAAUAAUCCUCCAAAGAAAUUCAGAGACUGUCUGUUUAAGAUUAGUCCUAACAACAGAUACUCGGCACAGAAGCAGUUUUGGCAGGCACAGCGAUCCGGGACCAACUCCACCACCACAUGUUCUGAUACCGUACUGCUCAAAAAACUCCAUAGUGCUGCAGAAUUGGAGAAGAAACAGAAUGAGACAGAGUACAAAAAACAGCUGGGAAACACAGUGCAGUAUGGGAAUGUUAUUCAGUUGCUGCAUCUUAAGAGUAACAAAUACCUGACAGUGAACAAGAGGCUCCCUGCUCUGUUGGAGAAGAAUGCUAUGAGGGUGACGCUGGAUGUGCAGGGAAACGAGGGCUCUUGGUUCUAUAUAGAACCCUUCUACAAACUGAGGCAGUCGGGGGAUGCUGUGGUUGUAGGUGACAAGGUGGUUCUGAAGCCGGUUAAUGCUGCCCAGCCCCUGCACGCCAGUAACUAUGAACUCCCUGACAAGCAGGGCUGUAAGGAGGUGAACUCAGUAAACUGCUCCACCUGCUGGAAGAUGACCCUGUUUAUGGAUUUCAAAGAGAACAUGGAGGACGUUCUCAAAGGGGGAGAUGUAGUGAGGUUGUUUCAUGCUGAGGAGCAGAUGUUUCUGACAGGAGAUGAGUACAAGAAGCAGCAGUAUGUUUUUCUCAGGGCCACAGCAAGGACCACAGCUACCACUGCUACCAGCUCCAAGGCUCUGUGGGAAGUUGAGGUUGUGCAGCAUGACCCUUGUCGGGGAGGGGCGGGUCAGUGGAUGAGCUUAUUUAGGUUCAAACACCUGGCCACUGGACAGUACCUAGCAGCAGAGGUUGAUAAGGACCCCACCACAGACCCCAUGAGGAGUAAGCUACGUGGGGUCCCCACCAACCCUGUCUUCACCUUAGUGUCUGUCCCCCAUGGUCAUGAUGUGGCCACCAUAUUUGAACUGGAUCCUACAUCUCUCACGAGAGACACAUUUGUGCCAAGGAGUUCUUAUGUCCGUCUCCAUCAUCUGUGCACCAACACCUGGGUCCACUCAACCGGUAUAGCGAUUGACAAAGAGGAGGACAAACCGAUCAGGAAGAAGGUUGGCUGUGCUUCCAUCAAAGAAGACAGAGAGGCCUUCGCUGUCGUACCAGUUUCUCCACAAGAAGUUCGAGAUCUGGAUUUUGCUAACGAUGCCAGCAAAGUGCUGUCAGACAUUGCAAGCAAGCUGGAGAAAGCUUCCAUUACUCAGAAUGAAAAGAAGUUUGUGACCCAGUUACUAUCAGAUGUGAUUUACUUUGUGACGAUGCAGGAAUCCCAUAAUUCUACAGGUGAUCCACUCAAAGUGGAGAUGACCAAACCUAAAGAGUGUCGAGAGAGACAGAAACUGCUCCGUGAGCAAAACAUCCUUAAACAGGUGUUUCAGAUCCUGAAGGCUCCAUUCGGAGGCAAAAACCCUAUUGUAGAAAUGGAGGAGCUGGCCCACCAGAGACAUCAGCCGUUUCGUCAGAUCUGCAAAAUGUGUUAUCACAUCCUACGUUUGUCGCAACAGGACUACAGGAAAAAUCAGGAAUACAUAGCCAAACACUUUGCCUUUAUGCAGAAGCAGAUCGGUUAUGAUGUGUUAGCGGAGGAGACAAUUACCGCCUUAUUAAAUAACAACAGGAAGCUCCUGGAAGCCCACAUCACCAAACAGGAAAUAGAGACAUUUGUCAGUCUCGUCCGCAGAAAUAAAAAACCCAGGUUUUUGGAUUACCUGUAUGUGCUGUGUGUGUCUAACAAUGUGGCCAUCCCUGCUACGCAAUAUCUGAUCUGCAACUGUCUCCUUUUGGAGGAAAAUAAGGACAUCCUUAUAGAAACAAGAAUGGGUGCUAAGGGAAGGUUUGCUAAGUUGGAGAAGACCCAGAUGGAGGUUGAGAUGGAGGUAGAGACCCCAGAUGGAAUCCCAGCAUCUGAACCGAUUGUCACAAUCGAGGAGGUUGAGGAGGUAAUGCUGUACUGGGAGUGGGGGAGCGGACCUAAACAAAAGAGUAUCCGGGAACUUGCGGAGACGCAGAUUGAUCCUAAGGGGAACGAAGAUGUAGUCGAUGAAGACUCCGCUGUACUGGAGUACUACAGACACCAGUUAGAUCUAUUUUCUCACAUGUGUCUGGAUCGUCAAUACAUUGCCAUCAACCAACUCUCUAAAGAUCUGGAAAUUGAUCUGAUUCUCAGGUGUAUGUCAGAUGAGAUCCUGCCGUACGAUCUGAGAGCCUCCUUCUGCCGACUUAUGCUACACAUGCAUGUGGACCGGGAUCCCCAGGAGAUCAUCAAACCUGUGAAGUACGCCCGACUGUGGUCUGAAAUUCCUACGCAGAUCUCCAUUGAGGAUCUCAUCUCACCUCGUGUCCAUUAUAUGAGUAAAGGCAGCAUAGAUUAUGAGUCGAACAUCGGGAAGGACCCCGAGAAGGAACGCGUCAAGCCGAAGUUCGCGUCCACCAUUCUAUUUGUGGAGGACUACCUCCUAACUGUCGUGUCACAGGAUGGGGCCUUUGCUGACAGGAAACAGAACAAAUUGACCUAUGAGGUAGUGAACCUUGCCAAGCAGUUGAUCUACUUUGGGUUCUACUCGUUCAGUGACCUUCUGAGACUGACCAAGACUCUGCUGAGUAUUCUAGACACCAUACCAGAGAAGGAGAUCUCCCCAGCCACCCGUCCAGUGGUUGCUGUGGGAGAUGAACCAGAGAAGACCAUCAUUUCUGAGGUGAUUCCUGCAGCCAAAAAAGGUGAAGAUGAAGUGGAUACAAUCGUCAUGGAUACCAAAUUAAAAAUUAUUGAAAUCCUUAAGUUUAUUUUGGAUGUUCGACUGGAUUACAGAAUUACUUGUCUUCUGUCAAUAUUUAAACGAGAAUUUGAUGAGAAUAAUACGCCCAGAGACAGCGAUGGUUUGGACUUGGACAGUAUAGGACAGCAAGCUGAGGACAUCUUUGGAGGAAGCGCGGAGACGUCGAAGCUUGACCUAGAUGAGCAGGGAGGGAAGAUAUUCCUGAGGGUGCUUCUGAACCUGGUGAUGCAUAACUACCCCACCCUGGUGUCUGGGUCCCUGCAGCUUCUGUUUCGACACUUUAGUCAGAGGCAGGAAGUCCUCAUGGCAUUCAAACAGGUUCAACUGUUAGUGACAGCGAGCGAUGUGGAGAAUUAUAAACAGAUUAAGGCUGAUUUGGACGAACUUCGGAACCUGGUGGAGAAGUCAGAGCUUUGGGUUUACAAGAUCAAGCAGGAAGACAGCAAGAAGAAACACAAGAGUGAAGGGGAGGAUAAGGAGAACAAAGAUGAGAAAGGAGAGGGCAAGAAAAAAUCCAAGCACCAACUGUCUAUGAUGAGCAUUUCUGGAGAUAGGGGUUCAGCCAUUGAUCUAGAUUUGGGACCUCCUAUAGACCCCACUACAGCAGAAAACUACAAGAAAAUCAAACAGAUCUUGUUGAGGCUGACGAAGCUGUGUAUUCAGGAGACGGCUGAGCCUGGUGUUAAGAAACCUAGGAAGCACGAACAGAGACUUCUCAGGAACAUGAGUGCACCCAAUGUUGUAUUGGAGUUAUUGCAGAUCUCGUAUGAAACAAAUGAAGAUGUGAGGAUGCAUGAGGUGAUGAAAUACGCCCAUGAAUUCCUGCAGAGUUUCUGUCUGGCCAACCCUCCCAACCAGGCCCUUCUACACCAGUAUCUGGAGCUGUUCCUCACCCCAGGGUUGUUGGAAGCUGAGACGAUGACUGCCAUUUUCCACGACAACAAGAACCUCUGUAAUGAGGUGACUGAGCGUGUCAUUCAGCACUUUGUCCAUUGUAUUGAAACUCACGGAAGACGUGUCCCCUACCUAAAGUUCCUACAGACUGUUGUGAAGGCAGAGGGGGAGUACAUCAAAAAGACACAGGACAUGGUGAUGGCAGAGUUGGUGAAUGUCGGAGAGGAAGUGUUGCUGUUCUACAAUGAUAAGACAUCCUUUGAGACAUUUGUGAAGUUGAUGCGAUCUGAGCACGACUUGUACGACCCUGCCAGCCCCCUAAUUUACCACAUUAACCUGGUGCAGUUGCUGGCCCUGUGUACUGAGGGAAAGAACGUAUACACUGAGAUCAAAUGUCACUCACUGCUGCCUCUGGAUGAUAUUGUUAGGGUUGUCACCCAUAAGGACUGCAUACCAGAGGUGAAGACAGCAUACAUUAACUUCCUGAACCACUGCUACAUCGACACCGAGGUGGAAGUGAAGGAAAUCUAUACCAGUACACACAUGUGGACCCUGUUUCAAGACUUUCUGGAUGACAUGGGAAGGGUAUCCACAGCUACGACAGACAGAAAACAUGCAGAUUUAGCCCUAGAAAACUACGUGACAGUGACCAUUAUGAAUGUCAUCGACACAUUCUUCAGCUCCCCCUUCUCGGAUCAGACAACAACAUUACAAUCGAGACAGCCAGUGUUUGUGAAGCUUUUACAAGGAGCAUUCCGUGUCUCCGAUUGUCCAUGGCUGACAGGAACACAGAAGUAUCAUGUGGAAACCUGCAUCAAGUGUCUGGCUGACAUAGCCAAACACCGUGGCAUUGCCAUCCCAGUGGACCUGGACAGUCAGGUGAACCAGAUGUUUGAGAAAUCGAACAAUGUGAUGAAUAAGGCCAAAGUCUGGAUCAAUUCCAAACUCCACAAGCGCGAGUCCAUCGCUUCAGUGUCCCGUGACUACCGCAACAUCAUCGAAGGCUUACAGGACAUUGUUGUGCUGUUGGAGAAGCAGUUACGUCCCCUUGUCCAGGCAGAGUUGUCUGUUCUUGUUGAUGUGUUACACUGUCCGGAGGCACUGUUUCCUGCUGGCACUAAGUGUGAGAUAGGAGGAUUCAUAUCAAGACUAAUUCGGCACACAAAAUGUCUCCUAGAGGAGAAAGAGGAAAACUUGUGUAUCAAGGUUUUGCAGACUCUCCGUGAAAUGAUGACUGUGGACAAUGAGUAUGGAGAAAAGCUGGAUAACAAGACUAAAAAGGAGCUAGACGACCAUCGCAGGGGUGAGGCCUUAAGACAGAGCCUCCUUGCCCAAUACUAUGAGAAAGUUCCUCUCCGAGGUAGAGACGGGGGCGGGGGCAGAGGAGGGGGUGAGGCAGGGUCCAGGAAUGUGGCCUUAGGAAGAGAAAGGAAAUCCCUCAUAGAAGUUCAGUGUGGUUUGGAGAAAGAAGGGGCCGUAGAUCUGAUUGUAGAUCUGAUUAUAAGGGAAACAAACAACACUAACAACAAAGUAUUCCAAGAAACCGUCAAACUGGGGAUAGCCCUGCUAGAGGGGGGCAACACAGAUAUACAGAAAUCCAUCUUCAGAAGGCUAACCAAAGACAAGAAUUCUGAGACAUUCCUCAAGGUGUUUUAUAACAGAAUGGUGAAAGCAAGGGAGGAAAUUAAAGGGAUAACGGUGAACACUCUGGAGGGAGAUAGAAAGUCUGAGGAGCAGAAGGAGAACAAGGAGGUCACGGCACAGAGGCGGAAUAGAGUGGGUUUACGCCAGAUUGAAGGGGAGGAUGAGGCUGUUGGUCUGCUUAGAAUUCGCCGGGCAGCACGGCAGGGUGAAGAUCAGGAAGACGGACGAGGUCCCCCUCCAGGAAGUGAUGAGGCAGCCCUGGAGAAAGCCAACAAAGAGAAAGAGGAUAAGAAACUGUCUCCUAAUGUGGCCCUGAUGAAGUACAUCCUGCGCUUCUUACAGCUGUUGUGUGAGAACCAUUAUUCUGACUUACAGAACUUUUUGAGACACCAACCAAGCCACGCGAAACCGUACAACUUGAUCUGUGAGACUCUCCAGUUCCUGGACUGUAUCUGUGGUAGUACUACAGGGGGCUUAGGUCUGCUGGGGCUCUAUAUCAACGAACACAAUGUGGAUCUCAUCAUACAAGCCCUAACCAGCCUUACUGAAUAUUGUCAGGGACCUUGUCAUGAUAACCAGAAUGCAAUAGCUAUGCAUGAGAGCAAUGGAAUUGACAUCAUCAUAGCCCUUUUGCUGAAUGAAAUCAACCCUCUUGGAAAGAACAAGUUAGCCCUGGUGCUAGAGCUCAAGAACAAUGCUUCCAAGUGUCUCCUAGCCAUUAUGGAAAGCCGCCAUGAUAGUGAGAACGCAGAGAGAAUUCUCUAUAACAUGAAUGCUAAACAACUGGUGGAAUCAUUAAGUUGGGUCUUUAAGCUGGCAACUUUGGACGGAUCUAUAGUCUCCAAGGUGGACAUUGCCAAGAAUGCAUUUCAUCAGGAGGCGUCAAUUGAUGACGACGAGGAGGAGGAGGGGAAGGAUGCAUCCCCUAAAGAUGUGGGGCAUAAUAUCUACAUCCUGGCCACACAGUUAUCCUUACACAAUGAAAAGUUAGCCCAGCUGUUAAAGCCUAGUGGAGAUUUGUGGGGAGACCAGGCUCUCGAGUUUUAUGAAAAGCACACAGCACAGAUAGAGAUUGUAAGACAGGACAGAAGCAUGGAGCGCAUUGUCUUUCCUAUCCCAGAAAUCUGCGAGUAUCUCACCGAGGAGACCAAAACUCGGACAUACUACACAGCUGAGCGAGACGAGCAGGGCAGUAAGGUCUCGGAUUUCUUUGACAAGGUGGAGGACAUGUUUGCAGAGAUGAGAUGGCAGAAAAAGUUGAGAGCCAACCCCUACCUGUCCUGGUUUAGCAGUCACAUGUCCUUAUGGAGCAGCAUUACUUUCCAGUUUGCCGUGUUGUUGAACUUUCUAGUGGCAUUUUUCUAUCCAUUUACAGAAGUCAAAAAGGAGCUGGACCCCAAACUAUCCGGUUUGAUUUGGACAGCCAUGUUUGGUUCUCUGGCCCUUGUUACUAUGGUUGGGGUUAAUCCAGCCGCCAUCAGGACAUUUUUUAUUUCUACGAUUUUCCGGUUUAUUUUCUCGGUGGGACUUGACACUACGCUGUGGUUAUUGGGUGCAUGUAAUGUGAUAAAUAAAGGUAUAUUUUUGAUAAGUAUGAUGGGGAACCAGGGCACAUUCACGAAGCUGCCCAAACAGGUGCUGACCGACUUAAGGUUUAUGUACCACAUCAUAUACCUGGUGGUCUGUGUGCUGGGAUUGUGUGUACACGAGUUCUUCUACAGCAUACUGUUAUUGGAUGUGAUCAACAGAGAAGAAACGCUGUGGAACGUGAUUAAGUCGGUGACAAAGAACGGGCGGUCCAUCAUCCUGACAGCUGUGCUGGCUGUCAUCAUUAUUUAUUUGUUCUCCAUCAUUGGAUACAUUUGUUUCCAGGACGACUUUCUGAUUGAGGUGGAGCCGAUACCACAGCUGAUUGGAGAAGUGGUCAAUGAUACAGCUAAUGGAACUUGUGAUGCUCCUAAUGAAGCUUGUACUAAUAUGGCAGCAAACCUUAAAAGUCAGGAGGUAGCAGCUGAUGAUGUAGCAGAGGAUGGGAAACAACGAGUGUGCGAUUCCCUCAUCAUGUGCAUCUUAACUUCCCUGAAUCACGGUUUGAGAAACGGCGGGGGCAUUGGUGACCUUCUCAGAAAACCCGACAUCAAGGAGAACUUAUUUGUGGCCAGGGUUGUCUACGAUCUUCUGUUCUUCUUCAUUGUUAUUAUCAUUGUUCUUAACCUAAUUUUUGGUGUCAUCAUUGACACAUUUGCUGAUCUCAGGAGCGAAAAGCAGCAAAAAGACGAAAUACUGAAAAACACAUGCUUCAUUUGUGGACUGAAUAGAAGCAACUUCGAUAAUAAGUCGGUUUCUUUUGAUGAGCAUAAGUCAAAGGAGCACAAUAUGUGGCAUUAUCUGAACUUCAUUGUCCUUGUCAAGGUCAAAGACCACACGGAAUUUACUGGACCAGAGAGCUAUGUCUAUCAGAUGGUCAAGGAGAAAAAUUUAGACUGGUUUCCGAGAAUGAGGGCUGUGUCCUUGACAGCUGAUGAUAGUGAAUCUGAACAGAGUGAUUACAGGAACCUCCAGGCUCAGCUGGAUUCCACCAACAGGCUGGUCAAGAACCUGUCUAAACAGCUCACAGACUUAAAGGAACAAAUGACGGAACAAAUAAAACAGAAGAAGAGAACAAAGUUUUUGACAUCUACCACCAUGAACAUGUAGAUGUCACAGCAGGGUCCUUUGUAUGCCAGUUAAACUACAUAUUUGCCAGUUUUACUCGUGAUGUGUGUAUCUGAAGGUCACAUUUUGGUUGAUUCUUAUACAUACAUGUGUGUUACUUUGAAUUGGUGGACAUUACUGUUAUUUUGAAAUGUCGUUCAGUCAAAAUAUAUUUAUAGAAACUUUGAUACAGUGAGGAAUUAGUAAAACAAAAUUACAUGGAUUGUUGCUUUUUUUUUAACUGAUAUGUUUCAUUCAUGCUGUACAUCUCAAAAGGUCAAGAUGUUUCUAAUUAUUCCAUACACAGUUUGAGUUUUCCUUGUAGAAAUUUAGUACAAUGAUCACUGUAGUUGAAUGGUGCUUUAUAUGCAAUAUACAUCGAACUUAGGAAGAUGUAAAUUACCUCAUAGAAUUUCAUUUGGUAGUUGUAUAUUUUAGUAAACAAGACAUUUUUUUAUAAAUGGUUUAUCUGAGUUCAAUCACUUAUAUCUAAAUUUGAUUACACAUAUAAGCAAAAGAUAAGAUUUAAUUCUAAAACAAUAUAUUUUUAAAUGCUUAUUUUACUAGUAUAUAAGAUGUAGAUGUAAUGAUAUGUCAGAGUACUAAACUGCAAUGGUGCUGAGGCAUUAGAGUUUUCAAAAAGUGAGGUCCCAGGUUGACAACUGUGUCUAAUGGACAAGUUGUCACAGUCAUGUGAUAAGUGAAUUUAUAUUUAAGUGUUUACUAAGAUGUUACUGUUACAUGGACUACAAUUAUACUGUUAUAAGUGUAUGCACAUGUAAAUAUCAAAUCUUUAAUUUAAAUCCUAUUUAUUUAUUACAUUGCCAUUGAUUAUACUUUUCAAUGCAAAAACUUUUUUUUCCAGCUGAUUAUGAAGAUUAUUAUACAUGAUGAAUUAAACACCCCCCCCCCCCCCCCCCUCUCACUUUGGGGGUUGGGGAUUAUAUAUGUUACAUGACCCUGUUAUCUUAGUUUUUCUUUAAAUCAAUUACGGUAAUUUUAUCUAGUUAUUGCAAAAACUUUCAAAUUCAACCCCUAUGAUUUAUUGAUAAUGUUAUUAUUUGUGUUGUUCCCAUUUUCCUGUGAGUGUUCCAUAAAGAUCUGGAUGAUAAUGAUGAAAUAUAGCGUUGUAAUGAUUGUUAUAUUUACAAGACACCAUUAAAAUAUAUUUUCCACA